AUGGACGACCUCAGCGGCCUGAGUUUUACCCCCAGCUCGUCCAACGAGCCCAAAAAACCGCCACCCAUGAGCUCCAGCACGCUAUUCCCUGACGUGCGGCGCAAUGACAACUCUGGCAGGACCACGCCUCUAUCCACCUCCUCCGGACGCUCGAACACCCCUUCCAAGCCGGCAACCCCGGCCGGCGACAGUUUCGCGAACCUCGUCUCGUUCGGCCCCUCCAAUCCCAACAAAAACCUAUCUCUUGCCGAGCAACAGAAGCGACUACAGGAGGAAAGGGCCAAGAAGGAAGCGGAGAACAGAAGUCGACUUGAAGCGCAGUACGGUGCGCAGAAUAAUCAGUUUUGGGAUACUCUGGAAAAGGGGGGCAGCAAGCCUGCACCUACUCCCUCUCAACAGCCACAAUCUCCCGAUGAGGAUGACAUUCUAGCUGCCUUCAACGCCGCUGCGCCGGUUGACGCAUCAACGCAUUUCCCAAUUCCCAGUCAUAGCCCGUCUCCUCAUGUCGGAAUGACCCGGGUGCAGCAGCCAGUUCCCAAUCAACAAGCCCCUCCGGCACAAGAUCCCAUGGCCAUCUUUGACGAUGACGAUCCGUUCGGUCUCGGUCAGAUGCCUUCUAAGCCGGCCCCAGCACCGGCCACCGCACCCCAGACUGCGCAGGACGACGACGACGACGAUUUUCUUGGAGAACUUAAUAAACCCGUUACUGAAUUCUCGCGACCGGAACUGCCACCUAAGCCUAAAGCCCCCGAACCUGGGCCCGAACCCGAGCCCCAGGCCCGAGCUCCACCCAGGCCAUCAAGCGGAGUAGACCGGGCGAUUGCAGAACUCGUGGAUAUGGGAUUUCCUGCAGAUAAAGCGAGUCAAGCGUUAAGCACGACUCCUUCGGGGACUGACGUCCAGGCGGCUGUUGGCUGGCUUCUUACCCAGGCGCACGAGGAGUCUCGACAGAAGACUGGUCGGAGGUCGAGGCUUGAGCCUCAACCUAGUGAAUUGGAACGGAGCAGAGAAAGAGGUGGAGGGAGAGAUCCGUCGUGGAUGAGAGAGGAGAGACCUACUGUGACCAGAACCCGCAGCGACAACAGAUCACCUGCGUCUGCGGAGAAAGAUCCCGCUCAACUUGCUGCUAGUUUUGGCAACAAUCUUCUGAAAACUGCUGGCUCUUUGUGGAAGACCGGGAGUAAACGGAUGCAGCAGGUGGUUCAGGAUUUAAAUGCGGAGCAUGAUCCCAACCAACCCCGGUGGAUGAAGGAAGCCGCUGCUUUUGAGGAACCGCUUCCGCAACCACGUCCUCGUGGUGGUCAGCAGCCCUCUGAGCCUCCUCAAGGAAAUGUCCCAGGGAUGACCGACGAGGCCCUCCUUCUUGAAUCAGGGGGUGCUCCUCCUCGUCCGCCUCGCAACGUUCCAUCCCGCAACCCCUUCCAGCAGCAUGAUGAACCGCGUCCGACUGGCAGCAGCAGUGAUCUCCGAAGCCAAGCUUCGUCCCGGGAAAGACGUGAGCCGCAGCCCUCAUUUCUUCGACAGCAGACAAGGGAGGAGUCGAGAGAUUCUAGAUCUCGCCUGAACAAACUUGCAGUGGAGGAGCAGUCGGCACAAGCAUAUGUCAGUCCUGCUAGAAGGAAACGGCCAGUUGCGCAGUCGCCUGUGCCUGCACCUGAACCAGCUGUGGAUCUGUUCGAUUCGCCCGCACCCACAAACCGUCCAACACCAAAACCAUCUCCUUCCCCGGCCCCGCCGUCGCGGCCUUCUACUACGCCUUCCAGCACUGCUUCUCUGCCCACACGGCCCAAGGCACCUCCGCGGUCGAUACCUCCUGUUUCCCAAGAAGCUCUUGCUUCCACCAACCGGCACCGCACCAAAGCAGCAGAAGCUUACAAGAGAGGUGACUACGCAGCAGCCCAUGAGAGUUUCGCGACAGCCCUCACGAUGCUACCCGACAGACACCCAAUCACCAUUAUCAUCCGUAGCAACCACGCAAUGACAGCCCUGAAAGUUGGCGAACCCAAAUCCGCCAUCACCGACGCCGACGCAAUGCUCGACCUAAUCGGCCCUUCCAAAGGCGAAAACGAACAAAUCGACCUCGGCACUACCGAACCCCCCAAACCAAUGAAAGACUUCUUCGGAAAAGCCCUAAUGCGCAAAGCAGAAGCCCAAGAACAACUCGAACGUUGGGCAGACGCCGCCAAGACAUGGAAACUAGCAAUGGAAACCGGCCACGGCGGCGGCCAGAGCAUCCAAGGCCGCAACCGCUGCGAGAAAGCCGCUGGAAUCAGCAAACCCACGCCGCCCAAGGCCUCCACCCCCGCGAGAAGACCCCCAGCACCGACGCCCAAGAAACCAUCCGGCCUGGCCGAUCUCACCGGCCCCGCCGCGUCUCAAAACUCCGAAGCAGUCAACCGCCUCCGCGAAGCAAACCAAGCCGCCGAACGCGCGGACGACGAAAAAUUCGCGCUCUCUGAAUCCGUCGAUGCACGACUGGCUGCUUGGAAGGGCGGAAAACAGGAUAAUCUCCGCGCGCUGCUGGGUAGUCUGGAUACAGUCCUAUGGCCCGAGGCGGGGUGGAAGAAGGUUAAUAUGUCCGAGUUGAUCAUGCCGAAUAAGGUGAAGAUUAAUUAUAUGAAGGGGAUUGGGAAGGUGCAUCCUGAUAAGAUUCCGACGAAUGCAACCACCGAGCAGCGGAUGAUUUCUGCGAGUGUGUUUGCGACGCUGAAUGAGGCGUGGGAUAAGUUUAAGAGGGAGAAUAAUCUCUGA